UUUCCCCUCUUCUAAACUCCUUCCCUCCUCACCCCUCCUCCUUGACAUCUCCCCUCCCCCAUGGCUGGAAAUGCAGCAUGAAAAGAUUGGGGUCUUGGCCUCUUCCCCUUGAUCACGGAAACACGAACUACCAGGGGAUGGCAUUUCCUUCUCUGCCAACACCCUCCCUACAGCUCUGAUCACCUCCUCCUCUUCCCAGCUGGGCCAGGAGCAACCCCCUCAUGCUGUUGCUGCUGCUGAAAACCCAGACUAAAGCCAACAGAUUGGAACUUGUCCAGAGAGGGGCUGAGCUGUGCCCUCCACCAUGGCCCCCCUCCCCUUCCCUUCUCCAGGCUCCCUGAGUGAAACUGGGGGCAGGCCUGCAGGACCCAGCCUUAUGGUGACUGGACUCAGGGGACUUUGGGACUCUGUUCCCAAAGACAUUUGAGGCCUGAAAUUUCAGGUCCUUAACUCUAGUAGGUUUACAAGGGAGAAAGAGGUCUCCUCCUCCUCCACCCCUUUGAAGAGGUGAUCACUAUUCAGCUGCAACUCUCACCUUUUAUCCAGGCUUGGGAACAGAGCCAUCAGCUCCAUGGAAGCAGUCUCACCUGCUGAGAGGAGGAAGUCCAGAAAAGGCAUGAAGGAACCAAGUGGCCAAAAACCUCAUAGAUCCCCACUUCUGCCCCAGGAAGCCCAAGGGCCUGGUGCAAUGGCCUCCAAACCUGUUAGUGCCUGGGCAGGUCAGCCCCAGGGCCCCUCUGUGCUGGAGUGUAAAGUGAGGGCCCUAAAGGAGAAGAGGAUGUUGACUGGGAAACAGGCAGUAAGUGCUGGCACUGUCUCCCAAGAACGACCCUCGCUGAAGAAGGCCAAGAGCCAGUGGGCUAAGCCAGCUGCAGCCAUGCUGGUAACUGAGGGUGCUUCUUCUCAGGACAGUGUGGUGGCCCCCCAAGCUCAGAUGAGAACUUACUUGACAGACACGGUGCUGGACAGCAGUGAUGACCUGGAAGAGGGGCCAGUGCCCACACCCCCUGCGAGUCACAACAGCACCCAGUCUCCAAAUCAACUCAGUUUAGGGGAAGGAAGCCAGAGGCUCCUGGAAGGCAUAUGGAAGCCUCCUGACUCGGGUCUAUUGCAAGAGGCCAGUUAUUUCCAGGAAAGCCCAAUUCAGCCAGCUUCUCAGAACAGGUCAGAGAUCCCAGGGCCUUGCAGGGAUUUGGCCCAAAUGCUUUCCCUGGAGAAUGGGAAAUCGGGAGCCCUUGCAAAACAUCAGAUCCAAGUGGGAGACCUAGAUGAGGAGUCUCUGGCCUUGGAGCCAGAAAAUCCCAUUCAAGAGACCACCGCACAAGGACAGCUGUGGAAAGCGGGCAGCUGGGAUGGUUUGAGGAGUGGCAACCACUCCUUGUCAUUGGCUGACCGAGUGGAGAGGAACCGCCUUCUUCUGCAGGAGAGGAGAAGCCUGUCAGAACACAGCUGUUCUCAGCUCCACCAAGCCAGAGCCCACAAUGGAACCACCCCAGAGCUGCCAGGGGGAGACCUAGAUUGGGACUCAGGAGUAUCCCUGCAGGACUCUGAUGGGUGCAGAGCCUUUGUUCCCAGCCAGGAGCUGCUGCUGAGCCCCAGGCAUGAGCAAGCCAAAGAGCUCCUACAGCAGGCUAGAAUGAAGGCCAGGACCAGCCCUCUCCGGGCCAACCAUGACAUCGUUCCCACCGUGGUCCCCCGGCUCCCCGGCAGGGGUGCUUAUAGUGGUGCAGGCCAAAACUCCAGGGUGACCCUUGCCUCCAGAGACGGAGAUGCCCCCUAUGGUGGGAGCCUGAGUGACUCGUCUAGUGGGGAGUCCAGCUGUGGCCAGAGGAGGAAACGAGGCCCCUCCCCAUCAAGAGUCCGAUUUGAAGAUGAGUCUGCCCAUGAUGCUGAGGUCCGAUAUCGGGAGAGGUUGCAGCAGCCUCAGAAGAGAGCUUUGGACUCUGUACUCCGGUCCCUGGGUCAAGGACCCCUGGUCUCCAAGCCUGACCUAUCCAACUACAUCAAUGGUGACUUCCACACUAGAGAAACUCAGGCCUAUUGGGGACCACCAACCAAAGGAAGUACAGGGGGGACAGUCAGGAGAAUCCUGCCUGGAAAGGUACCAGAACUUAAUGUUGAGGGGACAUGUCAUACGUGUGGCUCCUACCUUCAAGGGGUGCCUCAAGAUCUAGACCUCCAUCCUAUGGAGAGGAAGAUGCCCCCAGGCAGAAGCCAUAGUCAGGAGAGAGAGGACACUUGGAGUAUGAAAAAAGGUCAGGGUAUUCCUCAAACAGAGUCUUCUGCCUCCCGAGGUCUGGCCUCCCCAAUCUGGAUCCUCCCAUCCCGACAACGUCUCCAUACAGAGCGCAUUCGAGAGACGUACAUUGGAGAGGUCACCUUCCCUGACGAAGUGGACUCUGCCUUGGACAGCACAGAUACCUCAGACAGCUGCAGGACAGACAGUGAGGAGGCUGGAACCCCUCACUGCAAGAACAGGGGCAGAGCCCGAGGAAGUGGCCACCCAGUCUACCCGAGGGGCCGGAGGGCUGGAGGAACACAGAAACGAGGAAGGGAACCUGAAAUGGAGAAGGCUGAGGGCACCCUGGCCUGGGACAACCAAGCAGAAGUGGGAGGUAGAUUCGAAGAGGCUAGAAGAAGUGCCCCUGAGGGGUCCUCAUUUCCCAAAGAAGACCCUGUCGAGGCUGAAAGUACUUCUAAAGAGGAGCAGAGGACAGUAGUGCCACCUCCACUAGUUACUGCCAGACAGAGCUGUAAAUGGACUCACUCAAAAGAUACUCAGGCUCUGGGUGGGGCACUGAACACCAUGGCCUCUUCUCAGCAGCUGGCACUGUCUGUGCCAGGGGUAGAAGCCCAGAUUUCAGGGAGCCAAGAACCCCUCAAAAGUGCUAUAGCCUCCUGCCCCCGGCCUCCUAAUCAUGCAAGCCCAACAAGAGCAUCCAGUCAUGGCUGCCCCCAGCAAGCCAAGAAGCCAGCUCAACCCUUCACGCUAGGGACUUGGGUUCCAACCCCCCCAACUGUGAAGAAAGCACCCUCACCUGUGCCUUACAGGAAGGCUCUGCUGGCCCGGACCCUUUGGCCAGACAACCAAAGGGAGCCGACAGGUGCUCACCGACUUUCCCUGAGAGAGAAUGACGUGGGAUCGGGAGGGAUAACUCCAGCAGAAAACCAGCUCAGCCCCCCUAGGAUUAAGCACCAUCUGCUGGUCCCAUCUACCAGUGACUUUAACAGCCUUGGGCCUCAGGAGCAACUCAACAUCCGGAGAAAAGGUGCAAGAGAAAGUCAGAGGGAGAAGGGCCCAGCUAGCUGGGAGCCAGAACCAUCCGCUGGGAAAAGCAGAGACGGUGGAUUUUUGGGUCUUCCUGAGACAGCUGGGACCAGCAGCCUCACCUCCACAGGAGUCACGGUCUCAUUGGCAACAGAGCAACCCCAAUCUAGCAUAGAGACAGAGGACAAGCUCCAGACGGUAAAACCAAGCUCAGAAAAAAACGUCUCAAAACGACCAUCACCAGGGGCCCCUUCAGGACCCAGCACCCCCUUGGCCAUUCCAGCUGGUGGGAGCAAGAAAGGGAACAGUAUCUCUUCUGCACUUGGGCUGAAGAAAUUCUUCUCUAUCUUGGGCCAAACCACCCGACAGAAGCUGGGCAAGUUUCGAUGCUACAGCAUGGAGCAGAUCCCUCCUGCAGCCUCAAACCGGGCCCUGCAGAGUGAAACCCACCAAGUCCAGAGCUCCAAGAUGAAGAAAACACCUUCUCUGCAGUCCCUGCAGCUGGUGUCACCCCCUCACCAACAUCAGAAGGCUGGCUCAGUUCAAAAUCUCCAUUCUGUGCUAGGCAAGGCGGAUCGCUCAAGCCAUUACUUGGUAGGGAAUGGAGGGGAGCCCAGAGUGUCUGGGAGGCAAUCAGGCAUCACUCCCAGGCGCUCGCUCAGUGUAGAUGAUAUCGGUGUCCCCAACCUGGUCCGGACGGUGGGUCGGAUAGUAGAGGUAUUUCCAGAUGGGACCAGCCAGUUGGAGCUACAACGUCCCCCGAAUGGUACCUUUGGCUUCUGUGUGUCCUCAGGGAAUGGCCGACCUGAUUCAGGGUUCUAUGUUCAGGAAAUUGCAGAUGCCAACACAGCCAAGUUGUACUCAGGGCUGCUGGGAGUGGGAGAUGAGAUCCUGGAGGUGGAUGGAGCCAAGGUCACAGGAUUGGGCCUGGCCCUGGUCAACGAGCUUCUGUCCCGGUCAGAGAGCCUCUCCAUUCGUGUGCUGAAGCAAAGGGGCCUCCGGCGGUAACCCAGAACUGAUGCUGGCCUUCGGGUCUCCACCUCAGCUGUCCUGAACCUCCCAAGGGCUCACUGAUAAGGAAGGAAAAAAGCCCCUCUCUUGGCCAGGCUUCAUAAAACAUGGAAUCUAACUCCACAGACUGUUGGAGAUGUUCUGGGCCAGAUGCUGUCAUUCAGGGAGGGAGGGUAAGAACUUAGGGAAAUUUGGGAAAAGCCCCCAUGGGUGUCUUUCCCCUGGCUGAGAUGGUCAGGGGGUGUCUGUAGCUGAGGGCUUUGUCCUAGUUGGAAAGGGUGAGUGGUGAGCUUUGGCUUCUUCAAUAGGUGAUCUGGGAAGUUGGCAUUAAGAAGUGAUUAGCCUGAUGGAGACUGGCUUCCCCCACUCUGAGCCUCAGUUUCCUCAUCUGUAAAAUGGGAGGGUUGGGUCUAAUGACUGCCAAGAUCCCUUCUUUUCUAAAUAUAUGAGGUCUUGGGCCUUGAGUAGACAGUGGCCAAAGAGGCUCUUCCACACUAAAGAAGCCCCUUUGCCUUUUCUUUACUGACCUUCCCCAGGGAGACCUUCUUUUUCAGCAUCUGGGGGGGGGGGUCUUUGCCCAGAAAUAAGGGUUCCCUUUGACCAGAGCCUCUAGAGCUACUAGAGUAGCCAGAUAAUCGGGGGGCCACAUCCCUGGGCCCUGCCUAUCAGCCCCAGAAAAGUCUAAGAAGGGGAGGGAAAAAAACCAACAGUAAAAAUUGGCAGCCCCUGGCCUAGUUUUGCAUGUUCUCCUCCCGGAUGCUGAUGCCAGCCCAGACAACCUGCUUUGUCCCCAGGGGCACAAGCCUGGCUGCCUUGUGUCCAAAACGUUCAGGCUCCGUGCCCACACCUCCUUCUGCGAGUCUGAGAUAGUUGGUCAAGCUGGAGGUGGAAAUGUGCCAAGCCCUGCUCUGUGCUCUGGGGCCUGAAGGUAUGGGAGGACCUGGA